CCCGCGGGGGCGGCGUCACUGGGCUGCGCCCACCUAGCGAGCCCCUAGUCCUGCAGCUCUGGUCCUUGUCUGUGUUUUUUGUCGCGUCUCCCACUGCUCGUCGCCCCCGUUUCCAUGUCCCUGGUGGGUGCGGCACCCCAGAACAUCCCACGAACAUGGCCACCAGCUCGAGGGAGUCCUCGUUCUCUUCCUGCGCUUCGAACUCUGACUUGGAUGACGAGGGAGUGCGCGGCACCUGCGAAGAUGCUUCUCUUUGCAAGAGGUUUGCGGUGAGCAUUGGCUAUUGGCAUGAUCCAUACAUCGAGCAUCUUGUGAGGCAGUCUAAAGAGAGGAAGGCCCCUGAAAUUAACAGAGGAUAUUUUGCUCGAGUUCACGGCGUCAGCCAGCUUAUUAAAGCUUUUCUCCGGAAGACAGAAUGUCGUUGUCAAAUUCUCAACCUUGGGGCUGGGAUGGACACCACCUUCUGGAAGUUAAAGGAUGAAGGUCUUCUCCCAAAUAAAUAUUUUGAAGUCGACUUUCCAAUGAUAGUCACGAGAAAGCUGCACACCAUCAAAAACAAGCCACUUCUGUUCAGACCCAUCAUGGAGUUACACCCAGAGGACACUCUGCAAUUAGAUGGGCACAUGCUGGAUUCAAAGAGAUAUGCCAUCAUUGGAGCAGAUCUCCGAGACCUUUCUGAGCUGGAAGAGAAGCUAAAGAAAUGUAACAUGAAUACACAAUUGCCAACACUCCUGAUAACUGAAUGUGUGCUGGUUUACAUGACUCCAGAGCAGUCAGCCAACCUCCUAAAAUGGGCAGCCAGCAGUUUUGAGACGGCCAUGUUCAUAAACUACGAGCAGGUGAACAUGGAUGACCGGUUUGGGCAGAUCAUGAUUGAAAACCUCCGAAGGCGACAGUGUGAUCUGGCAGGAGUGGAAACCUGCAAGUCACUAGAGUCCCAGAAGGAACGGCUGCUAUUGAACGGGUGGGAGACAGCAUCCGCAGUGGACAUGAUGGAGCUGUACAGUGGGCUUCCACGGGCAGAGGUGAACAGAAUAGAAUCCCUCGAGUUCCUGGAUGAACUGGAGCUUCUGGAGCAGCUUAUGCGGCAUUACUGCCUCUGCUGGGCCACCCGUGGAGGCCAAGAACUCGGUUUGAAGGAGAUAACCUAUUAAUCUGUGAUGGUUCGUGCUGAGGUGGAAGUCCAAGUCUCCAGCCGAGGGAGUGCCCUGGGCCCCCUGAGGGAUGGGUAGCUCAUCUCUCUUGUGGGCCCUGUUGCAUAUCCAGAACCCUUGGUUACAAAGGUGGUCACACCAGAUCCUGCUCCUGUCACUAUCAUUGUUUAAAUAAAUCUCACUUGCCAUUUGUCUGUGUGUCAGACUUGGCUGGCGUCUG